UUGUGAGUCUAACAAUUUAUACUUGAAAAGUGCUCCACAUCGUAUAUAGGUACAAUCUGCCAAUAUAGUAUUAAAAUAUACAUUAUACAUUAUAUAAUUCAUUUUACUUCCAAAUUUAUUUUAUUGUUUUAAUACAUCUACUCAUCAAUAUUAAUUGUGCCGAGGCUCUAUACUGCGAAACGUAAACGAACAAAAUUAAAAGGUCAGAUAGACCAUUUGUUUAGGUAAACAAUACUUAAAUUAAAUAUGGGACCAUCUCGGGGAGCAAAAAAUAGUUUGUUCAGUGUGAGAACAGUCGACCGUUUCUCCCGGAAUCCAACACCAAUCACCUGGCGUGAAUCCAGAGUCGUCCGUAAUUUAUUUUUAUCUUUGAAAUAUACCACAAACACAAAUAAACCAAAGCCCGGAGCGUUUUGAGCACAUGUCGAAAGUAACUCGCGAUCAUCGACUGUGAUGUGUACAUUGUCGAAUAAUAACAUCUUCCCAUAAUCGUAUCACUCGUCACUAUAUUAUUAUUAUUACUGUCAUCGUUCGCCGUAAACGUACGAGACACGUUUAAAGUGCGAAACGAAAUACAAAUUCGUAUCAAUUGGACGUGAUAUAUAUAUAUAUAUAUAAUAUAUAUACAACGGAAAACAGCGAUAAGGGCAAACGGAGGAGGAAAAAAAAUACAACACGACACGACAAUAAGCACUCACACAAACACAUGGUCGAACGUAACACGUAAUUGCGUCGUACAGUGUAAGGCGUACCUCUGAUGUGUGGGGUGUGUGUGUGCAUGUGGGUGGGUCGGAAGAGGUAUAUAACGACGACAUCGACGACGACAGUCACUCGAGCAGUCGACCCGCAGAGUAAUAAUUGACAGCGGUGUCGAUAGUGCGUUCGAAGUGGGUGCGAUGGCUGAGAGCGGAUGUAUGGAAUGUACACAUCCGGUUCGGGUGGCAUUAAAGGGUGCGUCUUUUCACAAACGGAAAUACCCCCAUCCGGCGGCGGCGGUGGCUAUUUCAAACGUUGGCCGCCCGACCCCUACCACUACCACUUCACCGUCAUAACCACCGCCGUACCGAACGCCGCCGUCGUAAACGCGCACAGGACGCACACCAAUUCGACGGCGGUGGCAAUGGAACUUACUCGGAACAGCAGCAGCAGCAGUAGCAGCAUCAGCCGCCGCCACCACCACCACCACCGCCGACGCCGCCACCGCCGCCGCCUGCGGUUGUCAAGGCGACGGCUUGAGAAAGGUGCCGAAAUCGCUUCGCUCUCGUUUUUCGCCCCGGGUCCAGUAGCUCGUCACGCGUGAGCAUCGCACCACACGGUCGUCGCGUAAACACACGUGGUCGUGUCUCGUGGUCUAAGCCACUUCGGUCGCGUGUCAUUCACGCCCACCCGUACAAGCGUACAUGUGGUGGCCGUCCUGGUUUCGAGUGGCCUUCGCCCUCCUCCUGCUGAUGUGCUGCUGCGGCCGGUAUCCACCGUCGUCGCGGUGGCCGUCCGUCGGUCGGGCAGACGCCUCGGCUGUCCGGUCCGGAGGUGGUGGUGGUGAAAAAGACCGCAGUGGGGCCAGCGGUGGUGCGGUCGGCGGUGGCCGAUGGAAGCACAAGGGCGUAGGCGUCGGACUCGGCGGUGGUGGCGGCCGCUCGUCGCACCGCCGGCCGAGUGCCGGUGACAGACGGCCCGAGAUGGCCUUGAACGUGGGCAUGCUGAUGCCAAAAACCAGCUUUGGGGUUCGAGGUUAUCUACGUGCCAUACACGAUGCCAUCCAGGGCAUCAAUAAGGCGUACAAGAAGAACCAUUCGACCAACUUCAGCAAGAUCUACGACUUCGAGGAGCGAAAUGUCAGGUCCCAGAUGAUGUCCCUCACUCCCAGUCCUACAGCUAUAUUGGAUUCUUUAUGCAAAGAAUUUCUCAAUAUGAACGUGUCUGCGAUUUUGUACCUGAUGAACUACGAAAAAUAUGGUCGAAGUACAGCAUCAGCGCAGUAUUUUCUGCAGCUUGCCGGAUACUUGGGAAUACCAGUAAUAGCAUGGAAUGCCGACAACUCGGGACUUGAACGGAGAGCUUCGAGGUCCAGUCUACAACUUCAAUUGGCACCGUCGUUAGAACAUCAGACAGCUGCUAUGUUGAGUAUAUUGGAAAGGUAUAAGUGGCAUCAGUUUUCGGUUGUAACAUCACAAAUAGCCGGACAUGAUGAUUUUAUUCAAGCAGUCAGAGAACGAGUUGCAGAUAUGCAAGACAGAUUUAAAUUUACAAUACUGAGUUCGGUGUUGGUCACCAAAAACUCAGACUUACAACAGUUGGUGGCUUCAGAAUCACGAGUAAUGUUACUGUACUGCACGAGGGAAGAAGCACUUAGAAUAUUACAGGCAGCAAGAGGUUUCAAAAUCACAGGUGAAAAUUACGUAUGGGUAGUAACUCAGAGUGUGAUGGAGAAUUUACAAGCACCACAAUUGUUCCCCGUCGGAAUGUUGGGAGUGCACUUUGAUACCAGCAGUGAUAGUUUGGUAAAAGAAAUAACUACAGCCAUAAGAGUAUUUGCACAUGGUGUAGAAGAUUUUGUCAACGACCCCGAAAAUAUAAACGAAACUCUUACAACACAAUUAUCUUGUGAGGGUGAAGGUGAAUCACGUUGGGUCACCGGUGAAAAAUUUUACAAGUAUUUAAGAAAUGUUAGUGUCGAACAUACAGAACCAGCCAAACCGAAAGUCGAGUUCACUGCUGAUGGAGUUCUGAAAUCCGCAGAACUGAAAAUCAUGAAUUUGAGACCUGGAGUAGGAAAUUCACUUGUUUGGGAAGAGAUUGGAGUUUGGAAAUCUUGGGAACGUGAAGGCCUUUAUAUCAAAGACAUCGUGUGGCCAGGAGAUAGUCACACUCCACCUCAAGGAGUGCCAGAAAAGUUUAAUUUAAGAAUUACAUUUUUAGAAGAAGCUCCUUACAUUACACUUGCACCACCAGAUCCAAUAACUGGAAAAUGUAGCAUGAACAGGGGUGUUUUAUGCCGGAUCGCUCGAGGAAAAGAUACGCAGGGGCUGGACGUCAUUGAAGCCAAACGUAACAGUAGUUAUUACCAGUGCUGUUCCGGAUUUUGUAUCGAUUUGUUAGAAAAGUUUGCUGAAGAUUUGGGAUUUACUUACGAACUUGUUAGAGUAGAAGACGGUAAAUGGGGAACACUCGAAAAUGGAAAAUGGAAUGGUUUAAUAUCAGAACUAGUGAACAGAAAAACUGACAUGGUCAUGACUUCAUUAAUGAUAAAUUCAGAUCGAGAAUCAGUAGUCGAUUUCAGUCUUCCAUUUAUGGAGACUGGCAUAUCUAUAGCUGUCACCAAGCGAACUGGUAUCAUUUCACCCACAGCAUUUUUGGAACCAUUUGAUACUGCGUCGUGGAUGUUGGUAGGAGUGGUAGCAAUACAAGCGGCCACAUUUUCAAUAUUUGCUUUUGAGUGGAUGAGUCCAUCUGGAUUUGAUAUGAAAUCCGUUUCCCAAGCUCCAAAUCACAGAUUUUCUCUAUUUAGAACAUACUGGCUUAUAUGGGCAGUUCUAUUUCAAGCGGCAGUACAAGUGGAUAUACCAAAGGGUAUAACGUCCAGGUUUAUGACAAAUAUAUGGGCUAUGUUUGCUGUGGUGUUCUUGGCUAUAUACACUGCAAAUUUAGCUGCGUUCAUGAUAACUCGGGAAGAAUAUUACGAUUUUAUGGGAAUCGAUGAUUAUAGGCUCAGUAAACCGCAUAGCCACAAGCCGAUGUUUAAAUUUGGUACAGUGCCACAUUCUCAUAUUGAUUCAACUAUUCAUAAAUAUUUUCCAGAGAUGUUUAGUUACAUGAAAAGUUUUAAUAGAUCUACAGUACAAGAAGGACUUAGCUCAUUAUUAACUGCAGAACUUGAUGCUUUUAUUUAUGAUGGUACAGUACUUGACUAUUUGGUAACACAAGAUGAUGAUUGCCGUUUAUUGACCGUCGGUUCAUGGUAUGCGAAAACUGGUUACGCUAUAGCAUUCCAAAGAAACUCAAAAUAUGUUCAAAUGUUUAAUAAGCGACUAUUAGAUUUCCGUGAAAAUGGUGAUCUUGAAAGAUUACAACGAUUUUGGAUGACCGGUACAUGUAAACCAGAUGAUCAUGAUCAAAAUGCUACUAGUGACCCUCUAGCCUUAGAACAGUUCUUGUCAGCAUUUUUAUUGUUGAUGGGUGGUACAUUAUUGGCAGCUCUAAUAUUAUUAUUGGAAUGUUUAUAUUUCAAUUUCUUCAGAAAAAAGUUAGCAAAAACUGAUCAAGGUGGAUGUUGUGCUCUAAUAAGUUUGAGCAUGGGUAAAUCGUUAACAUUUCGUGGUGCUGUAUUUGAAGCUCAAGACUUUCUAAAGUUCCGUCGUUGCAAGGAUGCUGUUUGUGACUCACAAUACCAGUUGCUCAGAAAUCAGCUGAUGAGCACUUAUUCUAAAAUGAAACAGUUGGAAAAGGAGCUAGAGUUAAGGAAACUCAAAUCUGAAAAAAGGAGGAAGAAAGCGAUGUCACCUUCCGCUAGGCUAUUUCAGUGUAUCGCUGAAAACCACGAUAAAUACCCGGAUAAAAAACAAUAUCAAUUUUCACCAGCAUCGCCAUUAAGACAACGUGACCUAGUGAGACCCAGUAUUAUUUCAACAGAAUACACAAAUAGAUAUGAUCAUGAACCAGUCAGAAAUCGCCGAAAUGGAGACAGUUCUGUGAUUUUGUUCGACGUGUAAUUUCAUCCACAAAAUAUCUGAUUUCAUUAAUAGAUUUAGAAUCAAUAUUGUGAAAUAAAAAUAAGUUAUAUUUAAGUAUAUAAUGUAAGUAUUAAUAAUAUUAUUAUUAUUUUGCGUCGCUGUCAAAAGCGUACGGAGAGAAAUAGAUACUGAAACUUUACAUGGAAAAAAAGCUCAAUAUCAAAGAAAAUAAAUAGAAAUAAUAAUAUUUUUUAACCGUUUUUAAAAGACAAUAAUAUAAUACAAUAUAAUGUAAUAGUCAUUCAACUUUAAAUGUUAUUCUCACCAUUCAAUUGACAUUCAUUCCUGCUCUUAUGUUAAUUUAUUGAACUUAAAAAUUCAUCUUUUACGUGUAUUAGAAACUAUACCCUUUUCACAUAACACACAUACAUUUAAUAAGUUAAGUACCUACUUCAUUAUAAUUCAACCGCAAAAUCAUCACAAUAAUAUAUUGGAUCGCUCAAUAUCAUAUAAUGUUAUUUAUUGAUUACCUAUAAUGAAAUCGUGUAAUAUUGUAUAUUGCUUUAAACUUAUUGUUCUAUUUCUCUAUUGAAUACUGUGUAAAUAUAACUAACAUAAUACACAUUAAACCUACUAUUAUCUGUAUAAGUUUAAAAUAUCAACUUUCAAACUAGUUAUUUUAUUAGAUAAAUACAACGACACGAGAAAAAUUAGUUGUUUAUAAUAAUAAAAUAUUAUAAUAUAAAUACAUACCAAUUUAUAAUUAUUUA